UAUCAUAACUUGCUUUGCUUGAUUGAAUGAUGACAAAUUGAACAAUUGUGUACCGACAAACUGCCGUGUAAAUUAGGAUCGUUCUGGUUGAAAUAUAUUAAAGACAACAGUUUGAAGAUAUCUGCAAAAUGUCUGAAAACGUUAAUAUUGAUCUUUCGGGAGAAAUUAAUGCUACAGUAGAAAAGAAAGGUUUUCAAAAGUAUGUCAAUGAAGUGGAAUUGUUACUUCAGCAUGUGCGCAGCGGUGCUGGGCCAGCUUUGCUUAUGGGUGUCCUUGCAUCACGCAGACCAUGGACUCAAUUUGUUGCUACUGACAACUUUAAAGCUCCACCAUCUUUGCCUCGACUGUCCCGAAGAUUUUAUCGAAAUGUGGAAUAUUUUCAAGCCAAUUACCUGAUGGUGUUUCUGGGACUAUUUGCUUAUUGCCUAAUAACCACUCCACUUCUGCUGAUUGCUAUGGUAGCCAGUUUCUUUGGGUAUAGAAAGCUAACAUCAGGGCCCAAUACUUGGAAGCCAAAAAUUGGUGGCUGGGAGUUGACUAAGCCACAGCAGUAUGCAGUAGGGGCAGCAGGUUCCAUGGCUUUAUGCUGGCUUGCUGGGGCUGGAGCUGUGCUAUUUUGGGUGUUAGGCGCCACUGUUACGGUAGUGGCUUUGCAUGCUAGCUUCUUCGAUGCGGAGGCUUUGCCGGCUUCCGACGACCCGGAGCAGUUCCCCAUGAUAGAGCAGGUGUGACACGGCCACCUGCCGCUGUUCUUACCACCGCCCGGCCGCAUCACCCACCGUAUUAACGAACCAAACUGACACGCUUCGAAUAUGACAAAUAGUUUGCAAUACACAUAAUGCUUUUGGCGAGUCAUUUUGACAUUUCAUACUAAAUAUUUUUGGUUAAAAGAAGUCUUCGUUAUUAGCAUACAUAUUUAUCCAUAGCAAAAGUUAACCAAAGACCGAAUUGUCUUACCCUUCAAACUCUCAUGCACUUUUUAGCUUAAUACUUGGCGGGCCGGGUGACGCAGUCAGUGCAAAAACUAAAAGAGGAUUAGUAAAAUCAGUUUUCAUUCUCUCCUAAAGUGUAUAAGUAUGUACUUAAAUAAUACUUAUCGUUUAUUUUUGUAAUGUAGUCAAAGCAAUUGAUAUGGUGUAAUAAAAAUAAUUACCUAUAUUGCUCUAAUGCAAGUUACAAUUAAGCCAAGAUUUUCAAUGUAUUUGUUAUAAUGUAAUUUAAUGGCUUGUUGUAUUUCAGUAACCUACUAUUUGGGCAAUAACUAUUUGUUUUUGAAAUCAAAUUUAAAUUUUUAUUAAUACAGAUUCAUAAAUGUUUCCAAUAACUUAAAAAAAUAGAAUAAUCAAUAUAAAACCAGUACCACAAGCGAAGAGAAGAACCUCAUUUAAUUUGUUGUAAAAAUGUGAAUAUAGAAUACUGUUAAUAAAAAUUGAGGCUGUAAUUUAUAAAUAAUUAUCAAACAUUUAACAUCCUUUGCCCAGUAAUUAACUACUAGAACUUGGGUUUUCAUGACUUAUGUAUUGUGUGGUUUACACAAUGUUCGAUUUUAUUAAAUCUUAUUGAAAUCAACUUCAAUCGUGAUUUAUGAUAAACUUAGAUGUAUUAUUAAAUGUCAUUGUUUUAUAUGUAU